AGACUAACAGGUUUAUGAUGCCUGCAGAUCAUCUACAAUUUAAUUUUAAAAACUCCAGUCCUUAUAAUUACCUUUUCCUCUCAUACCAAUGUUUAUAAAAUAUCAAUAUCAUGUUACUCUAUAGGCAUACAUCUUAUUUUAUUUAACCAGGCAGGUCAGUUCAGAACAAAUUCGUAUUUACAAUUACGGCCAAUCCCUAACCUGGAUGACGCUCGGCCAAUUGUGUGCUGCCCUAUGGGUCUCCCAAUCAUGGCUGGCUGUGAUACAGCCUGGAAUUAAACCAGGGUCUGUAGUGAAGCCUCUAGCACAGUGCCUAAGACCGCUGCGCCACUCGCGAGCCCCAAAUUCGACCAGAUACAGAAGCAAAAGGUCUGUCUGCACAUGAUGUAAUCUAGUGAAAACAUUUGAAAAGAUGCCAUGACCUUAAGGAGCAAUUGAAAGGUAAGAAACAAAAAUGACAUGUGAUCAGAAAAUUGUAACAGUAAUCGUUUGCAAUGAGGACCGGAUUCAAAUUCUAUUAUACUGUAGUUCCAUCUAACAACAGAUCACCUUAUUGUGAUAGAUUAUGAGUGAGCAGCAUUGGUAAUCUCCUUCUGUCAGGAGCUGACAGUCUUAAUAGGGGAAUAUUCAUGUUGGAAUGGUGCCUGGAACUCCAUAUAUGGGCAUAGCUGUCUCAUCUAAAAAUGUAUGUUGGAAUUGUGUCUUUGCAAGAACUCCAUGUAUCGGCCUGACAGGAACUCAUUUUGUGGGCGUAGUAAAUUGUUUGCUAAAUGAUUACACCUGAGUUCUAUCUGAAUCAAUAGUUUUUAGGCUAGCACAGUUUGGUUUUCAUCAGUUCGUCAAUUGAUUAUGGAUGCUUUGAUUGCUGAUUGCUUUUAAGACUGUGCCUGUUGAUACUUUACAAGUGUAACUGUCAGAGGGUUUUUGGCUGGGGAAUUGGAAACAAGGUAGCAGAGUAGGAUCUCGGGGAUCUAAUAACCAAGCCAUCUGUUGCACUGGGGAAUGUUCCUCCAUGGUUCUUUCCAAAGAAUUUGAAUUUGAUUGUGGAAUAGGAGUGGUGUGAUGUUGGUAAUUUAUUACCAUAUAACAACGAAGAAACCACAGAAAAAGAAGAAUGAACCGAUCCGACCUGUAGUUCACAGUAGAAUAGUUGUUUCUGCUCGCUGGAGGAAAAUAAUAAACGAGUCAUGCACUAUCAAUGUUUUUACCAAUGGAGAUGUGUUGGUUCCUCCAGCUCGGAUACUGAUACCAAAGUAUACUCUCACAAACUGGGAAAGUGUCUUGGCCAUGGUGACCGAGAGGGUACAUCUGCGCACUGGUGCUGUGUACAGACUGUGCACAUUAGAUGGGACUACUUUACUUGGGCCAGAGGAGCUAGAGAACAACCAGUACUAUGUUGCUGUGGGAGCUGAGAAGUUCCGCUUCUCGCCAUACUUCCAGUGGGUCCCCAGCAGAGGAAUCAUCCGGGACAACAGUCAUCAUGCAGUCAACAAUGACAGUCUCCCAGUCCCUGUUCCCACAAGGAAAGGCAAACAUGCAAAAUUUGCUCACACAGGCUCUGGAGAUGACCUUGAGCACACAGCCAGGGGCCAUCCCAAGAACGCCACAGAGUCUUACUUCUACGCCAAGCCAGAGAAAGAGAGAGAGACAGCCAAACAACAGAGGCAGGUGUCCAGACUCCCACUUCUUUACACAACGGGCGAAGGCAGUGUGUUCCGUGCGAAAGACAAAAGAAGUGAAACUGUGGGAGCAGCUGAGGUCCAGGAAGAUGGCAGAGUGAUGGUGGACCUGCCAAUUGACCAGGUUGAGGCCAAGGUAGUCCCGGAGGAAGAGCAGUAUGUCCGUAGGAAUUCUAGGCCGGCCGGUGAGACCCAGAGUCCCUACAAAGCCUUCCUCCAAGGCUCUGAUGCACCCAGGAAGGCCUCGGCCCCCUCGUCUGGUCGCGGGGAGUCAGGUAGAGGCACUGGUCUGACCAGCUCCAGAGACGGAGGACUAAAGUCGCCGCUGGAACCUGAGCCACAGGAGACUAAAGAGGAGGUGGAGGCAGUGUCGUCCUCAAAUCUGUGCGGAAUACGGUCACGGAUGUCCAAGUUCUUCAAGGAAAAAAGAAAAAAGUGACCAGUUUCCAGACCAAAAUGCCAUUUAUUCAGUCAGAGAAUUCUAAGAGCCAGAAUCAGAGAGUCCUGUAGUAACAGGAGCGGUCGAGGACAGCGUACCCCUUACGAGACCCCCACGUACGGGAUUAAAAAGUGUUUUAAACCAAAUAAAAAUGUUUGUGUCUUGACAGCCCCACCGUGGAUAUAUAAGGCCUCUUAUUCCACGGACUGUAUUGCAUAAUUAUGUAUGGUCUAUGAAUAUUGCAUGACGCCUCACACUGAGCGCAUGGUAAAAUGCCUAAUUGCAGAGUUUAAUUAUUAAGAAGCAAAGGUCCUUGGCGGGUUACACAGAAGCACUUUUGAUCAAUUAUUUUUGGUGUUUUUUCUGAUGAAUUAUUUUUGGGCUGGUGCCUCAGCAGGCCUA